AUGUUUGCGCUCAAUGUGUUCAGCAGGGUCCUCCUGUUUGACGUUUUAAAGUCCAGGGGCAUCCAGGUGAGGUGCAAGACCGUCAAAAUGUCCGCGUACAAAAGGCCUUCCAGGGCCUCGCCCACCGGCCAGACCAAGAAGGCCAACAUCGGCCUGAAGCGCCUCUCGGCCGAGUACGUGAGGCCUGGCGAGCUCCUGGUGAAGCAGCGCAAGGUUCUCGCGCACAACCCGGGCGUCACGAGGACCCGGCACUUCAAGGUUUACCCCGGGGAGAACGUCGGCGUCUCCUCCAAGUCGACCAGCCUCUUCUCGCUCGUCGCCGGCCGCGUCAAGUACACGCACGACGUCGCCAGGGACGUGAAGCUCGUGAACGUGCUCCCCGAGCCUCCCGACGAGCUUCUGAGGGGUGACCUUUGGCGUUACAGGACCGAGCACGUGACCAGUCUGCAGGACAACACCGCCCUCGUUUGGAGGCGAGUCAAGAGCUCCUACUGCUUCAGCCACCGACUCCCUCUCGUCAAUCCCCCUCUUAAGCCCUAUCCGAGGCCCAGGUUCCUUUCAAAGACUGACCAGCGGGAGAACCCUUGCUACCCCGAUCUCUUUUUGAACUACAGGUUUCCGCCUCAGAAGCCUUAA